AUGAGGCGCAUUUUGAUUCAUUCAAGAGUGGCUGUUUUUGGGCGAUCAUUUUCAACAGAAGUAGAAAACACUAUAACAUCACGAAGAAAUUGGUUUCCCGUCAGCCCUGAUUCAGUUCCAAGCAAAGACACAAUCACGGUAUCGUCCUACAAUCUUUUAUCACAGCAUUACAUGUGGGAAAACGUUUAUGAUCACAUAGCUCCUAAAUAUACCAGCUGGGAAUUUCGCUUGCCUCUAAUAAACCAGAAUAUGUUGGACCUAUGCAGCUUGGUCGACCUUAUGUGCUUUCAAGAGAUGGAGUUCAAAGUAUACACUGAAUGUUGGAAAGAGCUUUUGGGAAAACAAGGAUAUGAGUCUUUGUUCCAAAGAAAACGGGCAUCGAGUUAUUGGAAGAAAAGUCCGGAGGAAAUGGACGGAGUAUCGGUGUUCUACAACACAGAAAAAUUCGAAUUGCUUGAUUGCAAGCCAGUCGACCUGGCCGCUCAUUUCAGUUCCCCCGACUUGUUUAUACAGACAAAGGAUCUACAUGAGCGAGCUGUCAAGCAAAACACAGUUGCAUUGAUAGUUACGUUACGGCAUAAGAGUACUGGAGCGGUCAUAUUCUUAGCAAAUACGCAUCUUUAUUGGUCACCACAAUAUUCAGACGUGAAGCUUUUACAGACAUAUCUACUCGUGGGCCUAAUAAAGCAAACAAUGAAACAACACUUUUCCGUCAAUAAUGCGGAUCUCGAGGAAUUGAUGCGCGAGGGACGUACAAACGUGUUUUUAGUAGGAGAUUUCAAUUCCGCCCCAGACUCCAUGGUUUACGAAUAUUUAGACAAAGGUUAUCUUGCCAUCGGAGAGGAUUAUAGAAUUCCGUUCGAUUACGGGCAAGCAAAUGAUACAGUCAUUAAGACAGGGCUAUUACAAUUCUGCUCAUCGUACAAAUCAUUUGUCAAUUCACCUGGAUUUAUAGAGAGCAAACAUAGUCAAGCUUUCGAAAGACUGAUUGAUUAUAUUUGGAUCAACAAAUAUAGCAAGAACUUGAAACUUUCGAAAGUUCUUGGGGACUUGAACCCCAAAAUUCCGAGCGAUCUUCUUCAGUUCCCAAACAGAUGCUAUCCAAGUGAUCACCUUCCCCUUCUGGCUCAGUUCGAAAUCCAAUAA